AUGCAAAAAAAGAAAGGGCAUUCCAAGAAUCUAUCAAAAUAAGCUAUUGAUUUAAUUAAUUACUAUAAUAACUUAAGGACAUCUAUUACUAAUGAAUUUGCGAUGAUGAAUUUAAAUAAAAAAAUGUCAUUAUACAUAGCUGAUUAACCUAUUGCAGAAGAAGAUGUUGAGGAUUCUCCUAUUAAGCUCUAAAGAAAUUGCUCAAAGACAGAACAUAUUAAUAUCAAUAUAUAUGCAUAAACAUUCGAUUUAGAUGAAGAAUUAUAAUAAGAUGUAAAAUAGUUAAAAUAAACUUUAAAUUAAAGAAUAACAUAACUAAAAAGCAUAAUACACCAAUCAGAACAAAUGAAAAGUAUGAAAAAUUAAAAUAACAAAGAAAAUUAAUGCUAAAAUAAUCAAAACUAUGCUAUAAAUAAAAUGGCAAUAAAAAAAAGAGUUUGA